AGUUGAAGCUUCAGCUCCAAUGGUCCUUGCAAUUAACAAAAUAGAUACUACUUCAUCUUUGCACAUGGAAUGGGUCGAUAAAUGCAGGAAUUCUUUUAGUAAACUUGUUUUUACUUCUGCUGUUACUGGUCAAGGAAUCCGAGAUCUAGAGAUGGCAACUUCUGAGAUUAUGGGUCUGAACAGAAUUCCUACAGGGGGGCGGAAAUGGACAGUUAACCAGAGACAAUGCGAGCAGCUCGUGCGGACCAAGGAGGCACUCGCAAGGUUGAAAUCAUCAAUACAGGAUGAAAUGCCUCUGGACUUUUGGACAAUUGAUUUACGGGAUGCAGCUUUAGUCCUUGGGCAGAUAACUGGAGAAGACAUAUCUGAAGAGGUCUUGUCCAACAUUUUCGGCAAAUUCUGUAUCGGUAAAUAGAUGAUACCAUUGCACGUAUGCACUGGUAACACAAUGAUUUGUCUACUGUAAUUUUCGGACAUUUUUCAUAUGAGACUUGUGUAAAAUAUGUCUUUAAUUCAUU